AUGCAGCAAUCAGGGGUGUCGACAAACCUCAUUGCUGAGUACUCGCUGUUCUUUGAAAUAUUUCAUGUCUACGAUGUACAGAUUCGCUCACCUUGUACCGCUCUCAUACGGGAGAGUAAAAGCUCUGGAGGUAAACGACGCCGUUCAGGGCCGUUGGAAGGGCCACAAAACAAAAAGUCUCGAUAUGACGGUAUUGAGCCAUGCAGUGCAAACACUACGUCUGAGGUUGAAAACAAGGAUAGUCAUAAAAGAAAGCGACAUAGGAGACGCACAAAGGGAUUACGAGAACUUAUCAAGACUAAGAUAGAAGUGGCUCUUCGGAAAACCAACCAACCUUUAACUCAUUUGUUUACCUCUGUUGACGAUGCUGGAACUCCUCAAGCUGCCUUUAUUGACGUUAUCAAGUUAAUUGGCCUGAGUCAGGAAGAUUGGCUGAAGGCUGCUUCCCUCUCUCCUAAAGCAGCUGAAAGUAUUUCUAACAUUACGGACAUGUUUCGAAUCGAACGUAGUCCUGACAAUAAGCUUAUGCUGAAAUAUCGUGCAACAGAAUGGAGGAUCGAGGAUUGCACUGUUUAUGUGGAUAACCUUCCGUCAGGAUGCACAUCAGAAAAGAUAGGCCGUUUUGCACGAAAGUUCGGUACAGUUGUUGAGGUUCGACUUCCGAGGUCAUCUCGUAGACCAGUAUCGUCUAGUUACGGAAUAAUAGACGUCGGGAGGCAUUCUCGAUCUUUUGCGUUUGUUCAAUUUACUGAGCCUGAUGCAUGCCGGAAGAUGUGCGAAGCGUUCUUUCGUAAGCCUGCACCAGAACCCAAAAAAGCGGAAUGUCCAUCCUUGGUGCCACUCCUACAGCAACUUCUAUUCCACAUAAGAACCUUGGCGAAACGACGAAGGCGGCGCACUUAUGCACAGAACGUAUUGCUCAUGAAAUUACGAAGACAGCAAGCGGCUAUUAUAAAGAUGGAGCGCACAGCCAACAAAAGAACAUCAAAAGUCUCACGCUCGAUCGAUCGUGAAAAAGUUAUCGUGGCAGAGGAGCAGAGCAACGGGAAAACUGUGCCAAUGGAUGAUCAUGUCGAUGGUGAACAUAAUAUUUCCAACUCUGAAUGCAACCAGAACCGUCGGUUGAGUUUUGGAAAAAAGAAGAAACCAAAGGGACAUCGCGAAAGCACUGGGAAGAAAACGAAAAGAAAGAAAAGGCGACGAAGGAGGAAGCGAAGGACCUGUGUAGGACCACAUACAAUAAUUGGAUCUCUGAAUGACUACUUUGCAAAAAUACAAGUAUUUCCAUUCGCUAGUUAUAUGGAGCUCAGAAAGGAGUACAUAGCAUUGCGUCGCCAGUCCAAUAACGAGGCUAGCAGGCUCACCAGGAAAGACGGGCGUUUUUCGGAGUUUGCAUCUCGUCUUUGUUAUGGAAAGCUGGGACACAAGCUGGAGUCAUAUCGAGACUACUAUUGGAACGUUUCCUUGAUAGAUGAAGAAUAG